CCGGUUCAACGGUUUGCAUUGUCAUUGGCUUCGUCUGUCCGUCACCUUUCACGAUUACGGGUACCGCGAAGAACGAAGAGGGACGCAUGACCCACUUUUUGCAGCCAAUGAAAGGUGGCAUUGUUUGUGUUGCGGAGCAGAGCAGUCUUCGUCAUUGUCAUUGUGCUGUUGUUGUUGAGACUACAGUGGCUGCGCGGACAUUUUUGACUGGUGGCUCUGCUUGUGUUUUGAUUCCAUAGAAAGAGAGAAAGAGAGACGACGAAAGGCAACGACUGUUGCAUUCCUCCACUCUCCUUUUUUGUUUCCUCUCUUCUGUUGUUGUGUUUACGGCGGUCAUGUCAUCUCCCGUCCAUCAUCUCGUCGUUCCUCCCAUUAUGACAACACGGAAACGCAAUCGUCAAGACAUUCACUACCAAGCCAAAGCCGGAGAUGUUCACAAAUACGCCCUGGAAUUAAUUUCGUUCUUGUUGAAUGAAAAUGGCAAUAUUGCCGUAUUGGACGAACCCGUGACGGCCACGGAAGACGAACGACAAAAAAUGAUUCGACUCCAAUUGCGUCAUCGAUUCUAUGCGGCCGCAGCGACCCAAAUGCCCGCCCACGUCUUUGCCCAGCAGUUGUUAAAGCUGUGGGGAGGUCAUCUCCAGGAACAAGUCAUUGUGGAAGAAGAAGAAGAAAAACCCGUCGUGUCGACGACUAGCAGUGGCGUGGAAGAAGACGACGACGAAGAACCAGUCGAACUACCAACCCAUCAUCGACAUGAAGUCCCGCAUUUUGAUGACGAGGAAUUGUCAUUGGAAUCCUUUGACGAUUUGGUGGGAGGAACGUCUUCUGGCCACGGUGGCGGUGAGUUGGUGGUCACUCCUUCGGUUGUCCAAGUGCCCGACAACAGUAUGGGACGUGGUCAACGAAAGAAAAAGCGAAAAUCCGAUUCCGAAUACGAAGAGGAAACCCUUCCGAUACAACCCGUUCGACGAGGGAAGGAACUCAAACGGUUGUUGGGAAUGGAAUCCAAACAACAACAACAACAACGAGGCAAGGACAUUAAUAACAUGAUGAUCAAAGAACCCAAGAUGCCGCAGAAGGAACCCAAGAUGCCAAGACGAGGAAAAGAAUUGAAAAUACAACCUCCGGAGCCGCCCACCCGGCGAGGAAAGGAACUCCGAAUGUUUGGAAAUCACAACAACAAUAACAACAAAAAGCCCUUGGCCAACCACAGCAACAAACGUCAAGCCACAACAACAAAAUCCACCAAAUACCAUCCAACCAAAAAACGCUACAAGCCGGGCCCGAAAGCCAACCCCAAGGCCACGUAUGCACGACAAAAAUUGUUUACGUGGGAGGAUCGCAUGGAACAAUUGACGGCAUGGAAAGAUGAAAAUGGACACUUGAAAAUACCCACCAUUCGUGGUCGAAGCGAUUACAAUUUGGGUCUGUGGAUGGCCGCACAGCGAUCUCUGUAUAAAAAGAAAACCCUUCGCAAGGAACGAUUGGUCGAUCUACGUCGACUGGGUGCGCAUGGCUUUGAUGGGCCCAAUGAAGUAAUGCCAGAGGACCUUGUUUGAUGGAAAUGCAUGCAUGCAUUGAUGGAUCGUGAUUCUGUUCCGGCAGAAGUGGAAGCAGCUAUGGUUAAAAUGCUUGCUCCACUAGGUUUGUACUACAGAAAGAGGCAAUUGUUGUGGGGGAGCGGCAAUGCCUAGCUCGGUAUCCUACUUGCACGAACUGGCUGGAAGUUGGGGACUAGAUAGUUGCAUUUCUCUACGUAUAAGAGUAUGUUACAGCUUCCU